ACCAUCGUAGGAAAGUUUUGUCAAAGUUCCUCAAAAGAGCCCAGCCUGGCAUUGCUUAACUUUUCAAUUUUGGAGAAGAAAAAAAAAACGAAAAAAAAAACUUGCACACAUGAAAAAAAAAAAAAAAAAUGUCAUGUCGCAUUAUUAACAUUGCCUUUGAAUAGCGCCCUCAUCGACAGAGUUGGAUAAUUUUAGCCAUUAAGUUCAUUAUAAAGAGAAAAUGGCGUCCGUAAAUACAUGUCCCGAUUUCGCCAUUGUUUGCUCGUUUUUAGAGCGAUAUGGCGAACAUUUGCAGCUGCCUGAGAUCACCAUAACUGACUUCGAAACUGCUAUUAGCUAUGCCCAUUGUGUCCCUCCUCUGUUGAAGGAUCUUAUCAUCAAAUUGAUGAGAAAAACCAGGAAGUCUUUUCAUCUGGAGAAAUGGCAGAAAUAUCUUGCAAAGAUGUGCCGAGAUCGGUUCUCAGAGGUAGCUGCAUGGGAAAUAGAGCGAUUUGGCUUCGCAGCUAGUAAGAGAGAAAUCAAAAUCUCAGUCAUCAGGUUCCUCUGUGACAACCAAUUUGAUGAGAACUUAAAGUUCAAAGCCAUCGUUAACGAUGAGGACCCUGAGAAGAUGAGACAGGAACCCUUAGGUCGAGACAAGAUGGGUCUUGUCUACUGGUUCCAGAAGGAUGAAGACACGAAUAUCCGGAUAUAUCGAGAGGAGCAAGACGACCAAGACAGCUCAACAUGGGAGGUGAUCUCCUGUGAUCGUGAUCAAAUGGAAAACCUGAUCACAGCGCUAAAGAGUGGGACUAACGUUGUGGCUGGGCAGGGCAAAGAUGAAGAUGCAGAAUCAACCAGCUCGGGUAACAGCUCCAACAAGACUGGCGGGAAUGAACAGCAGGACAACAACAAAGAGUCAAGUGGUGUACCCAGCCCAGAAACAUCAGGAAAGGAGUGCAAAGGAGAGUUAGAUGCAGAGAUCAAGACAGAAGAUGAAAAGACGGCAGUCUCGGAGACUCAACAUGAGGAGAAUGGCGAGAAGCGUAUUUCAGACAAAGAAGAUGAAGUGAAGGACGAGGUUAAUAAGAAAGACAGUAGUGAUGAGAAAGAUGGGCCUAGUACCAAAACUGAAAUUGAGGAGAAGUGUAACAUCAAGAAAGAACUGGUGCCAAAUGACGAGACAUCCGAAAGCAAUGACAAAGAAGAUGGCAGCCUGAACAAUGAUGACAAAGAGUUGAAGACUCAAGUGAAAGAUGAAGUCGUUGGGGAUGAUGAUAAAAAUCUGAAGGAAAGCUCAUCAAAGGAUGAGGUGAAGGUUGACGAUAAGAAAACAAAAGAACAGACGACUGAAACCGAGAGUGAUAAGACGAUGAAAGAUGAGAUGAAGGAAACUAAUGACAGUGAGAAGAAGAAGAAGCGUGGAGGGGGUGAUGCCGAAAGUAAGACUGAUGAGAAGGAUUCCCAAGACGAUCAAAAGCAAAAGAAAAUGAAAGAAGAAAUAGCUGUUGAUCCUGACGUCAAAAAGAAACCAUCCUCCAAAGACGGGGAUGCAGAAGAGGAGGAAAAAGAUGAGGAUGAGGAGGAGGAGGAGGAAGAAAAUGAGCCACAAGUCAAAACCAAGAAGAUCACAAAGAAAAGAAGAAAAAAAAAGGGCAAGAGCCGCUUCACCCCGAGGAGGAACGCCUCGAGAAAAGCCGCCGCCAAGAUAGAGGAAGAGAUGAAGGAUGAAGAAGAUGAAGAUGGGGAGGCAAAGGUUGAGGCGGAGGAGGAAGAUGGCACUCAGCCUCAAGGGGAUGAUGACAGCCCAUGCUGCAAAUGUGGAAUGUACAACCAUCCAGAAUGGAUUUUACUUUGUGACAAGUGUGACUCGGGUUACCAUACAGCGUGUCUACGUCCUCCGCUCAUGAUCAUCCCUGAUGGCAACUGGUACUGUCCGAGCUGUGAACACGAGAAACUCAUAGGCAGGCUGGUGGACACACUUGAAGAAAUUGAUGUUGACUUGAGGAAGAAAGAACGUAAACGCAAACAUAAACACAGAAUAGGCCUGUGGGAGCUGACUGAUAUUAGUAUGAAUAACAUUCUACCUGGGGAGAUGGUGAAAGUGAAGAAGGACCGGCGAGCCGUAGCAGUCUGUCAUUCCUCAGGCUUCCGACAAAAGAAGAGGUCCUCCCACCACCGUGAUGAUGACGCCCACUCAAGACAUCGUCGACGACACCGCCAGCACCGCCAGCAGUCCCGCCGAGACGCCGAGAGGGAGAGCGAAAGGCGUCGACUGAAGGGACUACGAGAGAGGAGGUUCAUCAACGACGGGGAAGAUGAAGAAGAUGAGGAAGAGGACGAGGGAGCGUUUGAGAUGGUCCAGAGACGGUCAAGGAGGAGCAGGAAAGAGAUUAAUUACAAGUUUGAAGAUUUCGAUUCGGCCAUAAACUCUGCCAUCCAAGAAGAAGUUGUGGAACACAAGAAAGCCUACAAGGAAUAUCAAGUGUCUCGGCCGAUCAGUCGGGGAAAAGACAUCUCCACCAUCGAGGGGAUGAAGGAGAGUAGCGAGGAUGAGAACAAGGAAGAGAAGAAGAAACGCAAGAAACAGAGACGCCUCGGCGAUCUCGAUACAACCAGCGAGGAGGAAGAGGACGAGAAGAGUGAGGAUUACAACGUGGAAAGUGAGUUGGGGAGCGACCAAGACUACGAGAAUAUAGAAGGAGAUGAAGAGGUUGAGGAUGACAGCUACGUCAGUGAAGACAGCGAGUCAGACGGACCAAGGAGGAAGAAAUCUAAACGCUACUCCAAGUGGAACAGUCUACCCAAACGACGGAGCGAGAGACGUCAGCGGAAACGUGUACGCUAUCGAGACAUAUCAGAUGACGAGGAAUUUGAUUCAGAAAGUGAACAGUACAGUGAAUACAGCGAUGACAGUGAACCACGGACGAAAAGACAGAAAACAUCAAAGCAUCGCAAGCGUUAUUCUUCUGACGAACAAUCAGAGGGCAGCAAUCAAUCGGACGAAUCAGGGGAAGCAAAGCGUAAGCCAAAACACCGGGGCAAAGUCAUGUCUGAUUCGGAUUCUUCAGAGGAAACUGGAUAUGUGCGCAAACGGAAAUUUCGAUUGGAGAGCGAAGACGAUGAGGAGGAAGAUAAUCGGGAGAAACAUGUGAAUAGGAAAAACACUACCUCUGAAGAUGAAAGCGGACCGGUCGUACGUAAGAAAACGACGCCGGUGGUGGUGCGACGUAAGCCAAAAAAGGUACUAGAGGACAGUGAUUAUAGUCCGGAUGAACGACCGAAAACCACAAGGGUGUCAACUAAACGAGUUGAUUACAGGAAAAUGGCCGCUGAGAGUAACUCUGAGGAAUCUGAAGAGGAGGAGGAGGAGGAAGAAGAAGAGGAGGAGAUGGGCGACGAGAAGGACGACAAAAAGGAAAAUAGGAAAGAAGACAAGGAAGACGGGGAUGAGAAGCAGAGCGACGAACUGCAAAAAGAAAUGAAGAAAGACGACAGUUCGGGGACGGAGAAGAAGCCUAGUUACCCAGACACUGAGCAGGACUCGAAUAAAGAAAACGAGCAAGCGCCACAGCCUUCCAUGAGGGACUUAAAAGCCAAGGAUUCUGUGAAGGAUUAUGCAACGAAGUCCUCCGUUUCACCUCCGGUCAGUAACGGGGGCACCGUGAAUGGUAGCGGGGCUAUCGUCAACGGGACACCGCCCUCCAGCAGCGCUGGAGGGGGUACUACUACAGGUGAGGAUGAGGACGAUUUGUUGGGGGUGAUGGAUCUGGUAGAAUACGUCACUCAGGAUGUUUGAGCAAUCGUUCCUGCUGCGUUGCAACAAUUUUUAUCGCUUAGAUUUGAGACUGUACAUUAUGAGAGGAUACAUUUUAGAUUUGCACAGUGUCUAUAUUUAAAUAGCCUCAAACCUUUAUCAUAAUGAAGCCGUCUUAUUGUUUGUUUUCUAUUAAAAAUGAUUACAGCCAAAGUAAGGCUGGAUGCUGACAUAGUCUGGCCCUGUUUGUUAAUAGUGCUAAAAGUACAUUAAACGAUUACAGGAUAACCAAAAGUUGGUAAAGGUCAAUUCUAAAAUUGUAAUGUAAAAUUUGUAGAUGUAGAAAUUUUUUUACCUCUUGGCCGUGAAAUUUGUAUUUGUUGUUUAUGUUCAAUGGGUGACUGCUUUGUUUUGUGUUUCGUUAAAAGUGUUUGUUUAUUCUUGUAUAAGUCUUUACAGUGAAGGGUGCUUUUUCAAAACAAAUGUGUUUUUUCCCCUCCAAAUUAUGACAUUAUGUCCCAGUUGUGUUUAUUUAUUGUCUUUAUGGGUUAAGGAUUAUUGUGGUGUGACUUCCCUACUAUCGGUGAGUUUUCGAAAAAUAUUAAAAAUGUACAACAAAUGGUAUCAAUUGAAAUAUCAGCACCAGAUAUCAGCAUCAUUUAAUUUUUUAUUUUUAAUAUUUUUGUUUGUUCUGGUGGCGUGUCAUGAUCGAGGGGAUAAGAGGAAAGGGACUUAAGCUCUGGUGUUUCUGUCCAGAAGAGUGUGGGAUCGAGUCCUGGUAGGAACACUUGUUUCCUUAAGCAAGGCAUGUUACCAUUGGUACUGCUACUGCAGAUGGGACGUAUAGCUGUUAGUCCAGCGUGUUGUGUCAUGCAAGAAAAAGAAACCAGGGCACUUUGGUAGUGAAUGAUAGAUAAUCUUUGCCAGCAUGCAAUGUCCCACAGCCUGCACAGGGUCAAUUAAAAAUGUUUCUUUAACUUUUGCCAUUCAAUGUGUUUUUGUUAAUGUUUCGUGUUGUACCUACAUGUACUAGGUUAAACUUGUUGGUCUUCAAAGGGUAAACGACUAAAACAAAAUAUUCAAUGUACUCUUUUGACUUCAUAUCAUCUCUAAACUAACAUUGAUCGACAUGAAGAUCAUUCUUACCUUGCUCAUAAUCUACUUAUAUUGUUGUAUGAGAUUGGCUUUGUUUCUCCAAUCAGGAGUCCAUUGUGAAGAAUGUAAUUAUAACUCGGUUGAAUAGUUUGUUGGGCAGUCUGUCUGAGAUUUAGUUGCCACAUGGUGCAGAUAGUCCUCUUUCUUCUAGUCGAAUCUAAUUGUAUCGCCAGAUGCUCUCAGUUGUCAUUGUCAGGUGCCCUGUUAACCUCAGUGAUAACGAUACAGUUACGUUGUUAUGCACCAGACUCAUAAUGAUUAUUGUACCUUCCAGUCUCAGUUUGGUUACAGUAACAGUAAUGACAAAAAAUCAAGAUGGCUGAUCAUGGAAAAGGUCUCCCCACCAGAAGCUUCAAAUCCAUGUUAGUUUUUUUGAUGGAGUUUAUCUUCUUUCCCAUAUCGGUCUUACAGAUUCUACCGAAUUUGAAUGAAGUGGCACACCCCAUUAUCAGCUUCUCCUAUUUAGUUUUAUAGAUAACAAAAAAAAUGUCUUUCACUGUAUGUGCGAUAGAGACGUGUUACUUCACAUUUGGCUUGUUUAGUGUCUCCGCAAUAUUGUGUACUUUACAGGCAUAUGACUUAGAUUAAGAAUUAUGUAUUUUUAUCAUAAUAACUCCUCUACAAGCUUCAGUUGUGUUUUCCCCAACCUCGUUUUUAUGUACAUGUAUCGGUCACCUUGUGUAGUGGAGGCCUGCAAAACAGCAUGACCGGCUUGGUUGAUACUACAUUUUUGGGAGCGAGGUUGCAUUGUCCAUAUUUUGAAAGCUGUGAAGUUACUAUCAUUUUACUUAUCACUAAAAACCAUUAGAUUGUGGCACAGACCUCGUCAGAUGUGUUUUCCUUUUCCAAUGCCUUAACGAAUUAAAUCAUGAAAUUCCUGACAAUGAAAACAUUGGUUUGGAUUGCUUAGCAAAUCAAGCGCCACUAAUUCAUGAACAGAAUUUUCCAACAUUUUUACGCAAUUUUCCCUUGAAAACUGUAGCUUAAUUUGUCAUUUGAAGUAUGAUGAAGACGUGCUUUUUCAUUAUAGUUUAUUUAUGGAAUGUUUGUAUUUAAUUUCAAUGAAAUGCUUAUUAGAAACUAACUUCGUGUUCUUCCCCAAACAAUUAUCAAGCUGAAAGGAUAAUGAUUACGCACAUUGUCCGCCAUUGCUGAGGUAAACAAAAAAUGUAAAAAAAAAAAAUAAUAAAAAAAAGUCCAGGGCCCAGUUUCAUAAAUCUGUUGGGAAACCAAUUUAGUGGGACACCGGUCAAAACAAUGUUAACUAAAUGUAAUGUUUCUGUUAUUUCUUUGCUAAGCAAGUUGUUGUGCUUACAGGUUUUAUGAAAUUGAGCCCACAUGUGUUCGCGUGACACACACUAUCAGUUAAAAUUGGUCUUCCUUUGACCCCAUUAAGGGCGCUGUCUGAGAGCUUUUGACGUCAUACGUCAUUCUUGUUUACCAGCUAUAAAAAAGAAAAACAAUUCAUUUUGUGUGCGGUUUGUUCCCAGUUUGUUUUCAUACAUACAUACAUACAUAUCAGCAUUUAUAUGAGGCACGUACAGAAGAUGGAACAAAGAAGUCCAAACUCAAGCUGUUCCAAUGUAAAGUGAAAUAAAACACCUUAACUAAAGAGACUUGUGAAGUCAUCUCAAAUACUGACAAUUUGCCUAAUUGCUUUCUUCUUAAAACUCGUCCCCUUAAAAUUGAAAGCCUAAAAUAACUCAUUAAUGUUUUAGUAUUUUCUUCGUUGGUGGCGGACAUAGUCUUCAAAUAGCGUUGGAUAGUGUAUGCAUAAUAUGCGACUUUUAAUGUAUAUAAUUGUAUGUACAUGAGUAUCAUCGAUAUCGUAAUAAACACUACAUUUGAAAUUAA